GUUGCCACCGCUCAGCUGUGUAGCCCGCUGUGAAUAUCGACCGCAACACCUCAAACGACCUCGAGAGGGUGAGUUCAUGCUCUUAUGCUACGUGUCGCAGACAUGCAAUACGGUCGUGUCUACGUGGUCCGUAAUGUGCACGAAUACCAUUGGGGAAUGGCCAGGAUUCGAUGGAUUGGAGUUGGAUGAAUUGGGUUACACCUACUUUGGCUUCAAAUAUGUCGCUCGAGACCAGUUGCUGAACUCGCUCUUUCCGCCCCUAGAAUCCAUCAAAGAGCCGAACCCCGGCAUAUUCCUCUAUACGACAAAAUGGCAUCUACAGUAAAGGCCGUCCAAACAUUCGGUAAAAAGAAGACAGCAACUGCAGUCGCACACGCUAAGGAGGGCCGUGGCAUCAUCCGCGUGAAUGGCUCUCCCAUCAACCUUGUCCAGCCUGAGAUCCUGCGCUUCAAGAUCUACGAACCCGUACUUGUAGCUGGUGAAGACUCAUUCGCACCACUUGAUAUCCGUGUGCGCGCCAAGGGUGGUGGACACACAUCGCAGGUGUAUGCUAUCCGUCAGGCCAUUGCCAAGGCUCUUGUCGCGUACUACGCCAAGUACAUCGAUGCAUACAGCGCAAUGGAGUUGAAGAAAAAGUUGGUUGCGUAUGACCGGACGCUGUUGAUCGCAGAUCCUAGACGGAUGGAGCCGAAGAAGUUCGGUGGUGCUGGUGCUCGUGCUCGCAGGCAAAAGAGUUACCGGUGAAACCACAUUUUUGGUACAUAUCUUUUAUCAUGUUACUCCUUUACCUUUGAACGCCAUGAUAGCAUGUGUGCAACUAUGAUUAUGAAUUGCGAACAUUGCCA